CCAACCACAACGUUGUGAAUCUCAAAUGGCCGCCCCCACCGGACCGAAUAUUCCCCCGUCGAUUCCCCCUCUUCUCCUCUCUAUAAAGAAGGCAUUGUAACUGGAAAACACACUCUUUGACAAACCCAACCCCAUUAACAAAUCGCAACCCCAAAUGUGUGACGCUUUCAAGAACAACUACCAGCUUUGCGACGAAAUCGGCCGUGGUAAAUUCGGCACUAUUUCUCGCUGCUUUCAACCCAUCUCCGGCGACUUCUUUGCCGCCAAAACCAUCGACAAACGCCCUCUAACCGAUCCCACCGACCGAGAAUGCCUCGAAAACGAGCCGAAGAUCAUGACCCUCCUCUCCCCGCACCCCAACAUCGUCAGACUCUUCGACGUCUUCGAAAGCGACGACUCUCUCACCAUGGUAAUGGAGCUCUGUGAAUCCUUUACCCUCUACGACAAGAUCAUCCAACGAACUUUCUCCGAGCGCGAAGCCGCUUUGCUCGUGAAGCAACUCCUCGAAGCUGUGUCUCACUGUCACAAGAUGGGGGUCGUGCAUAGAGAUAUCAAGCCGGAAAACUUGUUGUUCGACGGGUGGAGCAAUCUGAAGGUGGCGGAUUUUGGGUCUGCCGUGUGGUUGCCGGAGGGGAGGUGCGUGGAUGGGAUCGUGGGAACGCCGUAUUAUGUGGCGCCGGAGGUUUUGAUGGGGAGGGAGUACAAUGAGAAGGUGGAUGUGUGGAGUGCUGGAGUCAUUUUGUACAUAAUGUUGGCCGGGGUUCCGCCGUUUUUCGGCGAGUCUGCGGCUGAGAUUUUCGAGGCGGUGUUGAGGGGGAACUUGAGGUUCCCGACGAGGAUCUUCCGGGCGGUGUCGCCGGCGGCCAAGGACUUGUUGAGGAAGAUGAUUUGUAGGGAUGUUUCAAGAAGGUUUUCUGCGGAGCAAGCCUUAAGGCACCCAUGGAUCCAGAAUGGAGGGGCAGGUGAAGUGGACUGUUAAAUUUAGGGAAGGAAGGAAGGAAGGAAAGGCAGUUUGAUCAUUGUAGAUGAAUAAGGGAUCCCACUGUUCCUUCAGCAGCAGAAUAAAUGCAUGAUGCUUCUAGAAACCAGUUUUUUUUCCACUCAUAAAGGGUGUAAAAGUGUGAGCAGUAAUAGUCAGAAAGAGAGCAGUCCAUAUAUGAGUUUUUGUUUGUCUGUCUGUUUGUUUCUUUUUGUUUGAGGAUUUGGAGAGAACCUGAUGAGACUGUAGAAAAAGACGUGGGUUGAGAAUAUUAUUGCCUUUCCCCGCCUUUUCUUUUCCGUAGUUUUUAUUAAGAAAAGAUUAGGAAGUGAGAAAGGCCAUGAUGAUUAACCCAAGUUUGCUUUCUGGAUCAGUGAUCACCAUAUGAGCCAUGUUUUGGGAAUAUGAAUGUGUUUUUGUUU